AUGAAAUUCCCAAAACUAUGGAGAAAAUGGGUUGGCGUGUGUUUAAAGUCAAGUUGGGCCUCGGUUUUGGUGAAUGGGUCUCCCACAUCAGAGUUCAAGCUACAAAGAGGAUUAAGACAAGGUGACCCGCUAUCACAUUUUCUAUUUAUUCUUGCUAUGGAAGCACAAGACGUAAUUAUGACUAGGGCCGGUAAAAGAGGGGCUUUUAAAGGUAUAAAAGUUCCAAAUAAGGGACCAUGUAUAUCUCAUUUACACUAUGCAGAAGACGUAAUAUUCAUGAGGGAAUGGUCCGAAACAAAUAUAUUGAAUCUCAAUAGAAUCUUGAGAUGCUUCUAUUUGUGUUCGGGGUUAAAAGUGGACCUAAACAAAUCAAGUUUAUAUGGAGUGGGAGUGGAAGAGGAAGAAAUUGAAAGAAUGGCUAGAAAGCUAAAGUGUAAGAAAGGGAAUAUGUCGUUUGGUUUUCUAGGAUUGGCCAUAGGUGCAAACAUGAAACGAGUAAAAUUUUGGAAACCCGUUGCGGAGAAGUUCAACACGAAAUUACCGGCUAGGAAGGCUAAAUGUCUAUCGUUCACCGAAAGAUUCGUCUUAGCAAAAGCGGUAAUGGGAGCUUUACCAAACUACUACUUCUCGAUAUACUUAGCCCCAAAGAAAGUCAUAAAAUCUUUAGACGCAAUUCAUAGAGACUUUAUAUGGGGAAGGAAAGAUGGGAAGAAUAAGAUUCAUUGGAUCGCAUGGAAUAAAGUGGUAAGAUCAAAAAAAUAUGGAGGAUUUGGCACCGGCAGAUUAAGAAGUACAUGGAAAGAUAUAGUUGUUGCACGCAAAGAACUUGAUAAUAUGGGAAUAAACUUGAAAGAAAGAUUGGCAGCAAAGGUGGGAGAUGGAAGAAAGGUGAAGUUUUGGCUAGAUAAUUGGGCUGGUGGGCUGUUGUUUAUGGAUCGCUACCCGGAACUAUUCAGGAUUGCAAAAUCUAAACAGGAUAACGUGCCAGAAUGUGCUAUAAGAUUAGAUGACAAAACCCUGUGGAACAUCGGCUGGACUCGGCCUCCAAACAAUGAAGUCGAGAGGGCUAAAUGGACCGGAAUGCUUAAUGUUCUAUGUUAUGUCAGAUUCACCACAGGGACAUAUCGAUGGGGAUAA